AUGGGGUUUCCGGCAAAUGGUUGUCCGGCCGACUCAAUAGAAGCUGCCGGCGGCCGUGAUCUUUACGAAGAUUCCGAAUUGGGUGACUACGAGGUGAGAUUCAAGUCGCUGCUUUACAGAAUGGUGUGGGAUUUCGGUUUCGGCUGCGUGAUCCCGCGCCGCCACCGUCUGCUGAUCUCCGGCGAGAAUGGGACGGCGGGCGACGGUGGUGGCCGGGAGCACAACAAGGCGUGGCUACUGGCGGAAUCUGGCGGUGGGUGCGGCUUGGACGAGCCCAAGUCGGUGCACUCGUCCUUCAGGUUCAGUUUGUGUUCUCAGGUGGAGCUCGAGUCCAUGGCCGUCAACAGUAGCUGCUGCUCUUCCGCAACCGUGCUCAUGGUGAACUUGGACGGUGGGGUUUUGAGCAAUUCCAAGUCCGGAGAGUCGAGGGGAAGAAGGAUUGAGUCCUUGGAGAGGAGCAUAAACCCUGUGGCGCACUCUCUGGUUAGGUUCACAUAUUCUCAAAUUCUUAAGGCCACCAGAAAUUUCUCUAAAGGUAGAGUACUGGGGAGAGGGGCUUUGAGCUGUGUGUUUAGGGGAAGAAUUGGAUUUACAAGGACUGCAGUGGCAAUUAAGAGGCUGGAUAAAGAGGAUAAAGAGUCUUCAAAGGCAUUCUGCAGGGAGCUGAUGAUCGCGAGCUCUUUGCAUAAUCCGCACAUUGUGCCGUUAGUCGGGUUCUGUAUGGAUUCGGACGGUGGUCUUUUUCUGGUCUACAAGUAUGUCUCCGGUGGGAGCCUCGAGCGGUUCUUGCACGAGAAGAAAAGAGGAGUGAGAGGUAAUUCUGCACUUCCAUGGUCAGCUAGGUAUAAAAUCGCCUUGGGAAUAGCCGAGGCGAUCGAGUACUUACACUAUGGGACUGAAAGAUGUGUUGUUCAUAGGGACAUAAAACCCUCAAACAUCCUUCUUUCCUCUAAAAGAACACCAAAGUUGUGUGACUUUGGCCUCGCGACGUGGACUCCUUCGCCUUCGGUUCCGUUCCUUUGCAAGACUGUUAAGGGCACGUUUGGGUACUUGGCUCCCGAGUAUUUCCAGCACGGUAAAGUGUCUGAUAGAACCGAUGUUUAUGCAUUUGGUGUUGUGCUCUUGGAAUUGAUAACUGGACGGAAGCCGAUCGAGUCGAAAAGAGGAGCUGGGGAAGAAAACUUGAUUUCCUGGGCGAAGCCGCUACUGCAGCUGGGUAGUUUUGAAAAAUUGGUGGGUCCACGGCUGAGAUUCAGCCAGAAGAACACGAAGCAGAUAUCCCGCAUGGUUCGAGCUGCAGAUGCUUGCUUAAACAACGAGCCACGCAGGCCUGAGAUGGGCGAAAUCGUCACAAUUUUAAGCGGGAAUGAAAAACGAAAGAAGGGUCUCUUGCCAAUAAUUAACUCUGGUAUGGUUGAUGCUCACCAUGAGUUGCAACGUACAAAGAGCGAAAUGAAGAGCCAUUUUGCACUAGCGAUGCUCGGUGUCGAGUUUGAAGACGAUGACUAUCUUUACUCCCGGUGA